GGAAAAUUAAUCCACAAACACCAGAGGUUUAUGUCCAAAAAGGAGACAGAGGAGUCCUUUUUGCUUUAUUCGAAUAAAGGGAGAGGCCAUGGGGCAUUCCCCUGGGAUCUCUCGAAUUUUUGGAGGACGCAGCCUCCCUUUUUAUCCUAAUUUCCCGGCCGCUUUUCCCUCUCUCUUUCCCCAUUGGCUGAGGUACUCGAGAGGCACAGACUUCCCGGAACGCCUGACACCUGACAUUCCCCUCUAAUGUAUAACCCUCCCUUUUAAUUUUUAAUUCUUGUAGAAUUCAUAGUUUCCCCCCCUGUUGCUUCUUUCAUCUUCUGUUACCCAAUUUCAUUUACCAGCAAACCUACAGUUUGUUUGUAAAGGCAAAUCUCUUUUUCCAUUCACCAAUCAGUGUAAUCCCUCCCAUUGUUUCUUUUAUCUCUAGGUGCUAACUUUAUCUACCAACAGAUUUACAAUUUAUUUGUAAAGACAAAUGUAACAUUCCUCUCACCCUCACGGAGCUGCGAGCGCUCGUUGCCGCCUCGGCUCCCUCACGGAGAGGCCGGGCAGGGCUCGGUUCCCGGUUCCCCUCACGGAGCUGCGAGCGCUCGCUGCCGCCUCGGCUCCCCUCACGGAGAGGCCGGGCAGGGCUCGGUUCCCGGUUCCCCUCACGGAGCUGCGAGCGCUCGCUGCCGCCUCGGCUCCCCUCACGCAGGCGCCGGGCGGGGCUCGAGCGCGGUUCCCGGCCGCGGCGGUGCCGGCAGGGGGCGCGGGCGCGGCCGCUCCGUCAUGGCGGAUUACGAGGCGGUGCAGCGCGGUCCCCUGCGGCUGAAGGGCAGCGGCGGGGCCCUAGGGGCCGGCAAGCGGAAGAAGAAGAAGGCGAAAGACAAGGCCCAGAUCCUGGAGCAGAUCGUGAGCAGCAAGAAGCAGGAGGAGGAGAAGAAGCGCGGGCUGGACAAGCGGACCCCGGCGCAAGUUGCCUACGAAAAGAUGCAAGAGAAGCGGCAAAUGGAGCGGAUCCUGAAGAAAGCGUCCAAAACCCACAAGCAGCGAGUGGAGGACUUCAACAGGCACUUGGAUACUCUGACGGAGCAUUACGACAUUCCCAAAGUCAGCUGGACUAAAUGACUGGGCUGCUUUUCACGGCUCUGGAGCUGGAGUUGUGUUUUGUUUGUAUCAAGCAGGGUUGCCAUGUAAAUCUGUCUUUUCUCCAUAUUGUCUAUUACAUCUUCUGAGCUUUUAUGACUUUAUACUGUCUUACUUUAUAGUCUUGUUUUUUAAAACCCAAUAUCCAGUAAUGUCUCCUCUGGGCUGAGGAGCUCUGGUUUACGUCAAUGCACAGGGCUGGUUUUUUUUAGUGUUUAUAGUUAGAUUAAGGCCAAAACGAAUUGCUGUGAGCCAGAUGGAAAACAUUCGUUUAUUUCCUUGGUUCUAACAGUUCUCCCUUUUUGAAGUGAAGAGUCUCACAUUUAAGCUUCUCUUGUAAGUUAUGUGAAUUGUAUAAUUACUUUCUAUCAAGUUCUGUUAGAGGCCAUGUUGCAAAAUGUGAAAUAUGUAAAAUUGUCUUAGGAAAGACAAUCGAUCUUUGUAUACUUUCAAGCCUAAUCCGUAAGAAGGGAGGUUUAAUGCAUGAAAUAGAGAGCAGCCAAUAAGCUCUAAGUGAUGUCCAAGUUUUGAUAGCUGAUGUGGUGAAUUUCUGGAAUCCCACCGAGCACCCAGGCUUUUGCAACUCCGAAAUAAAUUGUAAGUUUGUCUCUC